CGUCUUCUUCUUCCCCCUUAUUGGAUCCCCCACCAUUCUCUUAAUGCCCCUAUUGCUUUCCCUGUAAAUAUUUCUAUUUAUAGCUGCUUUAUUUUGCCAACUCUAAACUCCUGUCAAGCUAAAUCAAUCUUCUUCCUUAUCUAAAACCAGUUAAAACUCUGAGUUAUCCCUUUUGUCCCGUGGGUUUCUUUUCUUGUUCUCUUUCAACAAUAAAUCCUUAACAAACUUAUAAACUCUCCUUCUUUGAUCUCCCUUUGAGGUUUUCCGAAAAUCUUGUUUAAAGAUGGCAGUUUGUUUGGCAUCUCGAACAGGACGACAGCUCCAGAGAUAUGACAAUCUGGGCCGUCGACUAGUUGUUGGAUGCAUUCCUUAUAGAUUUAAAAACGGGGAAGAUGGAGUGACCAGUGAUGAAUUGGAAGUUCUUGUUAUUACUUCUCAGAAAGGUCGAGCUCAAGGCCUGAUGUUCCCCAAGGGUGGAUGGGAACUUGAUGAAUCUCUGGAACAAGCGGCUUUAAGAGAGUCAAUUGAAGAAGCUGGAGUUCUUGGCAACGUUGAGCGUGAACUGGGCAAAUGGAAAUUUCUAAGCAAAAGCCAAGGCACGCUUUAUGAAGGCUACAUGUUUCCCUUGCUUGUUAAGGAGCAGCUUGAACUAUGGCCGGAAAAAGAUGUCCGGCAAAGAUUUUGGAUGAGUGCGGGUGAAGCAAGAGAAGCUUGUCGCCAUUGGUGGAUGAAGGAAGCCUUGGACAUAUUAGUUGCAAGAGUCACAUCGCCCAUGAAACAAAAUGAACAAGAAGAAGAAGAAGAAAAUGUAAUCUCUUGCUUGUUGAGCUAGAAGAGAGAUCAGAUCAAUUUGUAAAUAGCAAUUAAUUUUUGUGAGAGCCAGUUAUUCAGUUUCAUUUUCUAGACUUUGUAAAAAAGAUGGAAAAAAAAACUACAAAAGAAGAAAAAAAAUUCAACUGGAUCGAGGCAAAUGAAGAAUUGUAUUUUAAUUCAUGGAUGAAGAGAAGAUUCAGUUGAA